AUGUGCGAAACAUAUUCUAUUCAACCCCUCACCACGGCGAACAAUGCUCCAUAUCUCCUAACUCCCAAAUCAGCUGUCGAUGUAUAUCCUCAACCUAGCUCCUCUUCUGUAGAUGUCUCCGACUCAAAUCCUAUCACCCCUACCACCGUGUGCUCAAAGAGCAAAUCCACUCUUCGCAGGACUUCCAAGGUGGAUGAUCAAAAGAUGACUCACACUAUGGGUACCAUCGCUGGACUGCUCACACAGCAGAGUCAAUUGAUCUCUGAUCAUGAGAACAGAUUAAGAAUGUGUGAGAACUACUUUCAGAAUAGGUUUGAAGAGCUGGAAAGCACGUUGGAAACUCUUAUCGAUAGUCAAAGGGCCGAUGGACUGGAAUUGGAAGUUUACAUCAAAGAUAAAGUGGAUGAUAUGGCUGAGAAGUUGGAUAAGCUGAUCGAAAAGAAAGCUGUAAGCGCAAAAGGAAGACCAUCAAGAGCCAAAGUCAAUCAAAGAAAUGGCAAUGUUGAAACUCAAGUCGUUUCCGACACAACUAGAUUUUCGUUGGGGAAUAUAUUGGGGAUAGAAGAUCUUAUCACGUUCGAUACACCUUCUUCGCUUGAUUUGCAAGAUACGCAGACCCAACUUCAAACGUUGAAUUUCAGUCAUGAUCUUUUAGACCCUCUUUCGUUCGACUCUACCAUCUUUGACAUACCCCAAUGCAUCGGUCCAGAAAAAGAAAAGGGUUCCUCAUUCCUUGCCGGUACUGGCGGGACAUUAGUAGACCAAGCUAUAGAGAAACAGAGAAAUCUUCUCAACGGUGAGAGCGUAUUAAAGGAAGGUGAGAGUUCUGUGGGGUUUGCAUUCAGGAAGAAACUGAAAGGCACGAAAAGGAGAGACAAUUUCAAGAUUGAUAUGUCUUUUCUGGAUGAAAUUUCUAUCGACGCCCGGUCUCAGGCUCAAGAUCAAGAUCAAGAGCGUUCAGAAUCAGAAUUCCUUUUGCCGACCUCUUAUGGUAAUGCGAAUCAGCAGAUUGACUUCGGUCCAUCGAACUAUGUUCGCUCCAAUGAAAUAGAAGAAUAUAACCCAUUUCCAUUGACGUACUUACGGGCACAUACUUCAUCUUCCAUCCCACAUUCUGCUUCUUCUUCCUCGGAUACUUCAAAUUAUUCGGAUGACUCUCAUCUGACGUCGAUCAAGAGAGGGGCAUCAUUGGUAGAUGAUAAGUUGCUCUUACCUGGUACACCCACGCUCUCACCUGUGGGUCUACCUACAAGAGCUCGAACGCUGAGCGGGAAUGGGAAGAAGAGAGAGAAGGUCAGUAAUGGCUGGGCUAAAAAGAAGAAAUCGAAAACGAAUGGGGGCGAUGAUGAGAAGAAGAAGAAGGUUGAUGGGUGGCCGACUUUUGGGAUCAACACUCUCAAAAACAGGAUGGACGAAAUCGUAUGUGAUACUUGCGGAGGCAGAGUCCAUUGGGCAUGCGCUGGUCUAUCACACAGUAAAAACAUGCGUGAAGCGCCUUGGAGUUGUCCAGACUGUUUGAAGAUCAUGAUAGAAGCGAAUGAUUCCAGGGACGGUAGGAUCCCUUCUAUUCCUAGAGCUCAACAGGAGAAAUGCCUGAGACCGAAUUGUAUCUUUCGGUCCGAAAGGAGGAUCGUGAGGGAGAAUGAUGAUGUUAAUCAAUUUUUCAUGGAGAAGAUUAUUGGGAGAAAGAAGACAUCCCAUAGGCCUGGAAGUGGUAAUUACCUGUAUUUAGUAAAAUGGUGGGAUUGGGAGAUAUACGAUUCGACGUGGGAACCAGGCAGAAAUAUACCAGAUUUAGAACGAUAUGAAGCUCUCUUCCUCCAAUAUGCACUCAAGACAGAAGGCACAGAUAUGUACUUGAAGAAUGUACUUUUGCUUGAAGAGUGUUCGCCGUGGUUCGAUCAUAAGGGGAGAUACAAUGUUGGACUGUUGAAGAGUCUGGGUGUGGAAAAAAGAUUAUGGUGGGAUGAUGAUUAG